AUGGAUUUGUACUACGCACAUGCUUCGCCGCCUUGCCGAGCUGUUCUUAUGGCAGCCAAAGCUCUGGGCAUUGAGUUUAACUUAAAGCGCAUAAGUCUCACAGCUGGUGACACUCUUAAACCAGAGUUCUUAGCGAUCAAUCCACAACACACCAUUCCUACUUUGGUGGACAAUGGUUUUGUUCUAUGGGAAUCGCGUGCUAUUCUCGUUUAUCUGGUGCAGAAGUACGGCAAAGACGAUUCCCUGUACCCCAAAGAAAUUCAGCAGCAGGCGUUGGUCAAUCAGCGAUUGCAUUUCGAUUGUAGUGUCUUGAUGAAAUCCUUCACCGACUAUUAUGUGCCUCAAUUUCGCUUUAAGCAGCCAGCUGAUCCCGAGCAAUACAAGAAAGUGGAGGCGGCUUUUGAUUUCCUCAACACUUUCUUGGAAAAUGAGCUUUAUGCCGCUGGUGACCUUCUAACUAUUGCUGAUAUAUCAUUGCUGGCUACUGUCUCCACAUUCGAGACUAUGAAGUUUAAGAUCAGCGAAUAUCCUAAUGUAGAUAAAUGGUAUACAAAUGCAAAGAGAGUUGUGCCUGGUUGGGCGGAGAACUGGGAAAGUCUGCUGCAAGCAAUUGCCAUUAUGAAACCACAGCAAUAA